GCAAAUUUGGUUUUCGCAUUACUAAAAUACAAAAUCUUUUCUUAUUUCCAGGAAACGUAUCCAUCCUCGCCACCCGUUUGGUUUGCAGAGAGUGAAGAGACAAGCGUAACAAAUGCCGUACAAAUACUCAGCAAUACGAAUGGACGUGAUAAUCAUGUUAUAAAUCAGGUUGGCAUAUUGUUACGUGAACUGUGCCGCCUGCACAAUGUCCCACUGCCACCCGAUAUCGAUAACCUCACCAUACCGUUUCAAUUGCCACCUCCAAGUGCGUCACCAUUGCAUCAACAGCCCGCAGCGCAGCACCAAAUCGAGGACAUCGAUUCUGACCAAGAUGAGGUGGAGGAUCUGAUUUGCGAGAGCGAGCAAGAGAGUGAGGGUGACGAAGAUCUGCCAUUGGAAAUGGAUGACGGACGCAGCGCGAAUAAAGUUGAGAAGGAUGAAAUGGAAGUUGAACACCUGGCCACAUUAGAAAGACUGCGACAAAGUCAAAGACAAGACUAUUUAAAGGGUUCAGUUUCCGGUUCCGUACAAGCGACCGACCGUCUCAUGAAGGAGCUGCGUGACAUUUACCGCUCCGAUUCUUUUAAGAGUAAUAUGUACUCUAUAGAGUUGGUAAACGAUUCGAUAUACGAAUGGAAUAUACGCCUGAAAUCAGUCGAUCCCGAUAGUCCGCUACACAACGACUUGGUCAUGCUCAAGGAGAAGGAGGGCAAAGAUAGCAUAUUGCUGAAUAUUAUUUUCAAAGAAACCUAUCCAUUUGAACCGCCAUUCGUGCGAGUUGUGCAUCCGAUAAUAUCAGGCGGAUAUGUACUUGUGGGCGGUGCCAUUUGUAUGGAAUUGUUAACAAAACAGGGCUGGAGUUCCGCUUACACAGUAGAAGCUGUAAUUAUGCAAAUAGCUGCAACAUUGGUAAAAGGCAAAGCCAGAAUACAAUUUGGCGCUACAAAGGCCUUAUCACAGGGUCAGUACAGCUUGGCACGCGCACAGCAGAGCUUCAAGUCCCUGGUGCAAAUACACGAGAAGAAUGGCUGGUUCACCCCGCCAAAGGAAGAUGGCUAAGCAACGCAGUAUGCCAUUCGAAGAUUUUUUCUCUACCCUUACAUAUAGCGAGUAGUUUGUCAUACAUAAUAUAUAAUACACGUUUUUAUCACAUCCUUGGUUUAACACAACUAAAUAUAAACAUUAAAUAUACUUAAAUUAUAGUUGAUAUAAAACGCAAACAAAUCUAUCCAUGUAUACAUAAAAAAGGCACUAUGCAUAUAAGAAAACUAGAAAAAAUGUAGGCGAACACAUUAAGGUGUAAGCGAAUAAUCAUAAAAAUGUGUGAACACUUGGCAGAAAGCGCAAAUAUAACAUAUAUACAUACUUUUAAACAUAAUUUUUAAAACUACUUUAUAAAAUAUUAAAUACGUUUAGAUAUGGUUUAUAGGAUAUAGUGAGCAAUACCACACACGUGAGGGUGAAUAUAACCAACAGCCACAAUAUUUGUAAAUGAACUGAAUAUUUUUUACACGUAUUAAAAUUUUUCGUUUGUGAUUUUGUGAAAAUA